AUGGGAGUCAAUGGGGUGAUGCUCCACGCCGGGCAGAAACCAGUGACCGACAUGGAGAAGUCUGAGCACGUCCCUGAGCAUGAGGCCAGGAUGAGUACUCCUCAGGCAGACGCGGAAGACAGACCGUCCAGCGAUGACCUGGAGUGUAAGAUCUGCUACCAGCGUUACAAUGCCCACAGCCGUAAGCCCAAGAUCCUGGACUGCCUGCACCGCGUGUGUGCCCGCUGCCUCAACAAGAUCCUGGACAUGGGCGACGGCUCGGGCUGCAUCAGCUGCCCCUUCUGCCGCCACGAGACUCAGGUCACGGAGUACGAGGUGGCCGGCCUGCCCGACGACUCCAACAUCAUGUCCAAACUGGCCACCAGGGACAAGUCCUGGAGCUCCGACCACAGCAAGGAAGUGGUGCUGACGCCCAAGAGCCUCUCUUCGGACAGCCCGUCGCACGACUCCUCCAACUGCCUGGUCAUCACCAUCAUGGAGGUCCAGCGUGACUCUCAGCGUUCGCCCAGUAGAAACGGGAGCUCGGACUACUAUGGCGACCAGAGCCUGGACUCUGUGUCGGUGGGCUCAAACAGUGGCCCGACGGACCAGGACACGCUGUCUAAGUUCUGCCUCCACGUGCCCCGCAUCCUGGUCUGGUUACUGGGCUUCUUCUACUUCGGCUCACUGCCUCUGGGGAUCUACCUGCUGGUGAUUCAGAGAGUGACGCUGGGCAUCGUGUGCGUAAGCCUGGUGCCUUCUAGCCUCACUGUGUGUUUGGUCUACGGUUUCUGCCAAUGUCUGUGUCAGGGGAUGUGUGACUGCUCGUCCAGAGGGUGA